UCGGUUUGCUGAUGUAAGAAUACAUGGCUUUCGCGUGAAAAGUGAUUUCCAUUUGCUGAACCGUAAUCAGCGCAGCGAUUGAACGCGGAUUCCGUGAAUGCCACCAACGUCCCACAAGAAGGAUUAAAAUGUUUAAAGUGUAAAGGGAAACACCGAAAGAAAACUUCCAGCAUGCAACAAUACCGCGGAAGUAUCUUGUCCAGUUUUGGAAGACGUGAUUGGCAGUAGUGCAACAGUGAAUAGCAAUAGCGAAAUUUUUUCGUUCAUGAUACUAUUCCAUCCCUUCAAAUUUAACAAUGAAAAGGCGUUUCUGGAAUAUUGCGAUAGUAAAAGUGCUACCAUGGCCUCUGACGUUUAUUACGCUCUUCGUUUUAUCUGCUGGGGACGAGAUUCGUGAUACUCGGGAAGGUGAAACAGUGACGCUCAAGUGCCGAUUCGGCGCGCAAUCUGCAUCGGGUGAUUUUUCCUACUACUGGGCGCAAUCUACUGGUAACAAAUUUGACAAUGUUGCCAUCAAAGGUGUACAGCUUAACAUGAACUACAGAAUCGACUUUCGGCCUGAACAAGGCAUAUACGAUCUUAGGAUAUUGAAUACCACCUAUAGCCAAGAUAAUGGUCGCUUUGAGUGUCGCGUGAAGGCUAGUGGAACAGGUGCUGACGUACACCAGGAAUACUACAAUCUAACCGUACUGACUCCACCUCAGCCUCCAAUUGUUGAACCACUCGAUCUUAAUACCACCGAGGAUGAAAAGUUUGAUCUAACAUGUAGCAGUGUUGGAGGAUCGCCAGAUCCAAGCAUAAUGUGGUAUCGGAUGGGUUCUGAAGAGCCUCUUGAAGCGACUAUUACAAAGACAGGGUCAAAGGAAUUUCGUACUUCCAUCACACUGGAAAUAGUGCCGCGACGCGAGGACGAUGGAGCAAAGUACCGUUGCGUCGUUUGGAAUCGUGCCAUGUCGGAGAUAGAUGUCUUGGAAACGACAGUCACUCUUUCCGUAAACUACUACCCAAGAGUAAAGGUUGGCCCAGAAAAUCCGUUGCGAGUGGAACAUGAUAGUACGGUUGUAUUAGAAUGUGCUGUUGAUUCGAAACCCAAAGUUGCGAAUGUCAGGUGGACGCGUAAUGGAAGACUUAUAGGCACAUUGCUGUCGCAUACGAUACAGCGUGUAUCAGUGCAGGAUGCAGGCAGCUACUCCUGUUCAGCAGAUAAUGGGCUUGGUAAAAUGGGCGAACAAACCAUCACACUGGACGUUCUAUAUGCUCCGAUUGUAGUGAUCGAGUCAAAAAUCUGGGAGGCGGAGGAGCGAUCGAUUGUAUCAAUACGUUGCAAUGUGACGUCCAAUCCACCGCCUGUCACCAUCGAAUGGUUGAAGGAAGGUAAUCCCGAUUUUCGGUAUACUGGUGAUAUGCUGCAACUGCAGAAUGUUAAUGCAGAACACGCUGGACGUUACAUUUGCCGCGCAGUCAAUAUGAUGAAACCAUAUAAUGGAAAUAUCGUGGAACGUAUAGGUCAUUCAACGGUGGCUUUGUUGGUGCGUCAUCGUCCUGGUCAGGCGUUCAUCAAUCCAAACAAUCCAAUUGUACAUGUCGGCGCGAUGCUGACGCUGAGAUGUUCCGUGAACCCUCCCGGCUGGCCAGUACCUAAAUUCCGGUGGUUUAAGGAUGCUGCUGGCGAAGUAUCCAAUAGCAAAACGAUCCUUGCGCAAGGGCCGCAAUACGUGAUACCACGUGCGCAUCUUGGUAGUGAGGGAAGCUAUCAUUGCCAUGCCGUGAACGAGUUAGGCCAUGGUCCAAUGGCUACAAUCAGGCUGGAGGUUCAUCAACCUCCUCAAUUCAUCGGGAAAAUGCAACAACACGUGACGAAGCGCGUUGGUGAUAUGGACUUCUCAGCUACUUGUAAUGUAAAGAGUAAGCCACGGCCGAUAGUAAAAUGGUUUAAAGAUGCUCGAGACAUCACGUCGGAUGCCAAUAUGUAUCGCAUCAGUACAAACAACAACGAUGGUUUAAUUGGUAUAGUCAAUGUCCAGAGCACUCUACUAUUCCAAGGUAAGGCUCGAACGCUCAAGAACCAGCUCCUUCCCAGUGAUAGGGGUACGUACACGUGUCUGUUUGAGAACGACGUCAGUGCUACGAAUGCUAGUAUGAACCUGCGCAUUGAACACGGACCAAUUGUUCUACAUCAGUAUAAUAAGGUUGCCUAUGAGAUCAACGAGAAGGCGGCCAUCUUGUGUCGCGUGCAGGCGUAUCCAAAACCUGAGUUCCAAUGGCUACUCGGUAGCAACACUUCUGUGUUGUCGUCCGAUGGGCGCUACGCAAUAAAUACUACUAUUGACAACAAUGAUAUCUACACAAGUGUUUUGCAUAUUAACCGUGUUAAACAUGAAGAUUACGGAGACUAUAACUGUCGCGUAGGGAACGCCAUCGAAACGAUUCGAGCACCGGUACGUCUAGAGCCGAAAGGCCCCCCGGAAAAACCAACAAAUCUCGCUGUAGCCGACGUUGGCUCAAAUUAUGUAUCGUUAAUAUGGAAUCCUGGCUUUGACGGAGGCAUCAUAAAUACGAAAUUCUUUGUGUCUUUCCGAAAGGUGGCCAUUUCGCAGCACAACCAAGUAAGAGAUGAUUGUACAAUUAUGCAGCAGGUGAGCUCAGAAUGGAUUGAAUACGACUGCCAACGGGAUGAGCCAUGCAGCGUGACACCACUCGAUCAGUAUCAGAGCUACGUAUUCAAGGUGAAAGCCGUUAACGGAAAAGGGAUCUCGGAACCUUCCAACGAGGUAGCAACGACGACCAAAAUCAGUAAAAUACCCACUCCACUACAUGUUGGUUUUGACCCAGAUACCAAACGGAUAGGCAUAAGAGUUGGAGCCACCUGUUUACCACUGAUAGCGGUCGUCGAGACAAUUGGAAGUCAGAAAAGUCUGAUAGCGUCUUGGCAGGUUGUGCAAUCUAUCCCUCUUACCGUGUCUGGUAAUGGUCCAAUGUUUAUGGAACAAGUCCUCGCGACCAUGUACUCUGAACGCCAUUCAAGCAGCGAUCGUUCAAUGACUAACGAUGACGAAUUUCCUAUGUCACUCGAGGAGGAAAUUGGCUGCAAAAUUCGUGUCAAGCUAUGUCUCAAUCCGAGCCACGAAUACUGCGGUGCUUACAUGGAUGCUGAAAUUGGUCCAGCAUUGGUACAAGACUCUGGGAUCAUUCCCAUGCCAACGCAAAUCGCAAUUGCCGUCUUGUGCGCAGUGUUUGCGUUGUUUUUCGGACUCAUGUUAUUUUUUUUGCGGUGUAAACGAAGCCAAAUGAAAACAUCGAAUCAAUCAAAGGACUAUGAAAUGGAUACCGUGCGACCAUCGAACCUGACACAACCAAGUCAAGCACCUCCUCCUUACUGUCGCAUAACGCCAGGUUUGGGCAAUAAGGCGCUAGAACACUCAAUAGAUCUUGCAUCGAUAUACGCUUCUCACAAUGGAUAUGGAUAUAAUACUGGAACUAGCAGGCAGGUAGUUAAUUGCCCCCUGUCACCGAACCAAUGGGUCACGUUAGGCUACAUAGAAAACAGUUGCACACACUCGUACAAUGAUGGGAGUGUCAACUCGCAGGAUUUCAUUUUGCAACUCCAACACAGUUCGGCUUAUGCUCCCCUGACAGUCCCUGUAGCGAGUAUACCCAGUACAACCUAUGCAUGUCAACCACUAGCUUCAAACUCGGGCGGGUUUGGUGGAGCUAGAUUAGCAGAUGAGUACAUUCAAUAUCCAAACCAGACAACUCCCAGUCAAAUGGCCAGUGAAGACGAUUACUUACAUCAUCACCAACAGCAAGAGUAUCAUGCGAUAACUUCGCACCAAAGCGAAAAUCUCUCUCGUCAGGAAUACUACAAUGAUUCUUAUGCAUCUACGCAUAAGACAAAAAAGCUGUUUGAGCGUUCUUCCCAAUUAAAUUCAUCAUGUCAUGACGUCAACGGUUUACCAGAUCCCAUCAAAUUGACCAAGAGGCAUCAGAUUGACCAAGAGGAGAGCAAAUCGCUACAGCUAAAUUUUUCACAAGACCAUAAAAACUCACAGCAACAAAAAUCGCAGCCGAUGUACGAUGAAAGCCAGGGAAGCGGAUACUCGACACCAAAUUCACGAAAUCGUCGCGUCAUUCGAGAGAUAAUUGUUUGAAAGCAACCCAGGAUACGAUUUGUGGAUGGCAAACAACCUACCGCGCUAGAUCACAUCACUUGGUAGUCGUACGUGCCUUUGGAUUUCUUCCUGCAGUAGUUAUCUGAUGAUUUACCUUAACGCAAGAGGUUUAAUAAUCAAAUCGACGACUUUUCUCGUCGCCUGUAGCCACUAAAUAUUUAAAUAUUUAUUUCAAAGCGAAAAACACGAGAGGCAUGAUUUUGUAGCAAAGUAGCGAAAUUUCAAAUGUAUCUCCUCUUUGAUCGUUAUCGAGCUAUGAGAAAACUAUGAAGGUGGCAAUCAUGUAACGACAUUGGAAGCUAAAAUUAAAAACUCCGGACAAAAGAGAAACGUCUAAGUCUGAUCUAUUUGAUACCUCGAUGAUGAAAUUUUAUAAGCAGUUUGUAAAAGCAGUUUUAUGCGAAUACUAUUAACAGAUCUAGUUGAUGUAGCCUUGUUGGUUGUUAGUCCAUCUUCAGCAUUUGAUAUACCAAUGAUAAGAAUUAAAUAAUUAUUAUGUAAACUUUUCAUUGCCAACUCGACAUGCCAUUGCUCAAAUUACUUUCUCGAUUGGAAAAAUGAAAACUCAAAAAAUAUGCAUUACGGAAGAAUCAUUAGGACAGGGUACCUCUGCGAAAAGCAUUGAAUAUAAGGUACCUUUUACACGUUUUUACACGUAAUAGGAUACCUUGUUUUUAACCUCGUCUUUGUGAAGGUAAUUUAUUAUGUACAGCGGGUAGAAAAUCUCAUUGCGCGUAGACAUCGUAUAGUACGUAAAAAAUAUCCUUGACGAAUCGAAUUUGUAGAUUUGAUUUAAGACGAAAAGUGAAUCAAAGUCAUUCUUGGACACCAGAACAAUGCAAACAAAAAGCCAUUUUUUUUCUAUUUACAUAAUCUUUAUCCGCAUAUCAUUUAUUCGAAAUUUAAUUAUUUCGCAAUCUUAAGAUAAAAUUCUAAGAAUAUUCUGUUUAAGAUCUAAUAUCACUGCAUCACAACUAGGCUAAUGUUCUACUAUUUUCAGUGACAAUAAAAAAGCGCAUCAGAAAAACUGCCACAGCAAACGACGAAGGUGUGGCAGUUAUAUGUUGUGUAAUGAUAAUCACGAAUUUAUCAGCGUAAUCGAGACCUAUUGAACUUGUUGAGCGUUGUUGCCAAAUGUAUGUCUUUUUAUAUACAAACUAUUUGCGAGUUUUAUUGUCGAAAAGACAGUGCAAGAAGGGAAAGCAGAUACUUUUUUUAAAUAAAAAUUAUGUAAUGAAAA